AUGCCCAGGCCACCAGCCCCCUCGCCUGGCCUUGCCCUGUCUCCUACCCCGGGGCCUAUCGCCGCGCACGCGCCCUUCCUGAACCCCGCGCCUCUCUUUGGCGCCCGGCGACCGCCGACCCCGCACCCUUGGCUCCCGGGGUGGCUGCCCCACUUCGGCCUCGGCCCUCAGGCGCCGCGGCACCUGAACUCGGCCACCAGACUUGCCGGGCCCACCACGCUGAAACUACAACUCCCGGCAGGCAGUGCGCGAUCCUCACUUUUCAGUGGCCGGGGUGGGGCUAGUGUGGGCCUGGUCACCGGAAGCCGGGUCCACAGCGCUCGGGCCCCGGCCCUCAGGGGCCUCCUGGCCCUUCGGCUCCAGCGCCCCGGCUGCCCCGUCUCCCGCGCAGGUUCCACUUCUUCCCCGGCCACGGCCGACGUGGCUGUGGCUCCCGCCCUGUGCCCUCGUGGGGCCCAGCUGACCCCUCGGAGCAGCCAGAUGGGCCGAGGUUUCUCAAGGAAGGAUAACAUGAGUAAGAGGAAGAAGGCUCGGACCUCAGCAGGAGGAGAAGGAAUCCGUCCUCCGAAACCCCCAAAGAACUUGAGGCUAGGAGACUGUGACGGGGCCCCCCAGAGUUCCCAGUCGGGCCAUUUACAUCACCCUGAUGAGUCAGAAGGCAGCUCAGGACCCGCUUCCUCUGCAGAGCGGAGCAGGGAGGAGCCAGGACAGGCAGCCUCCAGCUCCCCUGAGGAGGAAGCAGGAGCCCCCUCCAGGCUCCUCAGGCAGCCAGAAGAGGAGCCAGGGCGCCUGCCCCCUUCCCAGACCUCACUUGGGAGGUUCGUGCCUCAGUUUGCAAAGCCCAGGAAGACGGUUACAAGACAAGCCGCCCGGAGGGCAGAGGACCUCGGGAGUGGGGCCUGUGGCUCGGAAGCACCGCCAGAGCCCAGUGCCCAGCAGGCAGAAAGCCAGCCUUGGGAGGAGUCCCUGGGGCAUGCUCUCCCGGAAGCCAGGGGGCCGGGAGACCAGACCCAGGCGGACGGCGCCCCCCCUGGGCACAGCAGCCAAAACCCCGUGAUGCCAGUGCCCAGCAGUGGGCAUCCUCAGCCCUCGGCCUCCACUGAUGCCGCUCCAGAAUGGGGGACAGUGCCCGUGGCCUCAGAGAGGGCCAGCCAGGGCCACCUGUCGGAGCAAGGGACCAGCACGCCAGAUGGUGGAAGCACGGAGGGGGCUUGGUUUCCAGGCGACUGUGGCCAGGAAGGGCACCUGCCGAGCAGUGACACUGAAGAGAAGGAGCCAGACCCAGGAGCCCCCCGGGAGGGAGGUGCCCAAAGGGGAGCAGGGGCUGACCUGCCUGAGGGGCAGCAGGAGGGAGGAGACGGCAUCCUGGGCCCGGCCACUCGGGGCCUCCCUGACCCCGUGCAGGCACCCAGUGGGACUGGCGGGGGAGCAGAGCAGAGCUGUAGCAGCCCAAGGCCCUCCUGCCUUGCGACCGUUGUCAUCACAGCCGUGAGCACGGACCCCGCCGAGCCAGAACAGAGGGCUCCAGAGGUGGCAGGGCCAGAUGGGGAGGCUGCCGUGGGGCCACCUGCCUCUGCUAGCGGGAAGGCCCCUGAAGGAGGCCACAGCAGGGCCCUGCUCGGAAGCGUGUCUCUCACCAGGGAGACCACCGGAGGUAGAGGGGAGGCAGGGUGGGAAGACAGGCCCCCUGAUGACAUCCCAGAGGGCCCUGCAGCCGCCCUGGCUCUGGCUCAUGGGGUCCGAGAGGCCACAGUAAGUGCUGGAGAGGCCAGUCCUCUAGCCUCGGAAGUGGGCCUGGGCGUUGAUCAGACACGGGGGCCGGGCGCGGAUCAAGAGGGGCCAGGAGGUGUGUGUGCCCGGCCUCUGCUGUCCCAGCCCACGGGUGAAGAGGCAGCCGAGUCAGGCAGCCAGAGCCGAGAGCAAGACCUGGGGGCGCUCCAUCUGCCCCUGGGAGCCUCCACUCCGCCAGCACACAGAGGAGCAGUGGACGGCCCGACUUGGGAGGCGGGGGCCGGCCAGGGCUGCCCAGACGUCCCUUCAGGCCCUGCAGGCCAUCCUGAGCAGCCUCCCAGCUCUGCAGAGCGGGCCGUCUGGGGAGGGUCCCCGGCCAUGGACCUCGACUUCCUGCCCGACAGCCAGAUACGGGCCGCCCUGGAAGGCCCCGACUUUGAAGCCCCCCCUGAGCAGGUGUUUCCUGCAGGGAGUGGGGUGGGCCUCUGCUGGCCUGGCACUGGCACAUGCGCUGACGGAGGCCCCCUGGCUGAGGCCCAGCCGAGGACCCUCGCGGGGAUCAAGGCCUGUGAAGCUGCCAGGAUGGAGGACGCAACGGACACCGUGCGAGGCCUCAUCCUCGAGCUCUCCAACCUGAACCGGCUGAUCAUGAGCACCCACCGGGACCUGGAAGCCUUCAAGCGCCUCACCUCGAGGAGGGCGAAGCCGGCAGGGAGAGGCCCCGCACCCUACACGUCAAAGGGGGCUGCCAGCCUCCCUCGUGGGGAGCAGCCCUGGAGGGAUCUGUAG